GCUCUAUUCCUUUCCAAGAAUGCCAGGACAAAAUGUGUGCCUCUGAAACUCGAGAAAAUUUGCAUCCCUUUUGAGAGAUAUUUGUACUCCAUUGCCUUGCCAUUUGGCUCUAUUAUUAUUUAUUAGCACCCUUCUUACUUCAUUCACUGAAAUAUUUUGAUAUUUAUUAUUAUAAUAAAUAUGUACAAGGAUACCAGCUUGGGCAAUUGGUUAUGGACAAAUAAUCAAGUCUCAGCCAAUCAUCUUUUACCGUGAGCAAGACUUCAAUUUUUCACGGCUCAAAUAUUUCCGGUGGUUGAUACAUCAACUUUCAGAAGAAAAAUCAAAACUGACGACUUGACUUCUGCUCAAGUCUUCUUCCCAUCCGACCCUAGUUUCAAAGAUGCAAUAAUCAUAACUGAAAAUAAGCCCCAAGCACUGUUUUCCCAUGGCCAUUCUUCAGCUCCAUACAAUUCAACACUCUCUGUUUAUAGUACUUGUUUUUCUUCUUCAGUUUUCAUCUUCACUCGGGUACAAAUUCCCAGAUAAGUACUUCAUCAAUUGUGGGUCAAGUAGCGAUGUUACUGAAAGUGGUAAGGGUUAUGUUGGUGAAUCAAACCCUGACUACCCUGCAACGCAUUUUACCAACAGCAAGACAGAGAGCAGUGAGUCAUCCGUGUCUUCUCCUCUCUACCAAACAGCAAGGAUUUUUAAAAAUGAAUCUUGGUAUGAGUUCAGCACGGAGACAAACGGCACCUACCUGCUACGCCUCCAUUUCUUCGCUUUCUCUUCCUCGAGUAAUCUUUCCUCUGCUAGGUUUAACGUUUCCAUUCCUAGGUUCUGGCUGUUGAAAAAUUUCGAUGCCAGCAAUGGUACUAACAACUCUGUUUUAAUAAAAGAGUUUUUCAUGAAAAGCACUGCCUCCAGCAUCAGAAUCACCUUCAGACCUCUGUCAUCAUCAUUUGCGUUUGUGAAUGCUAUAGAACUAUUUGUACUGCCCCUCCUUUUGAUCGCAAAUGAUGUCACGGGUUUCAAUUAUAAUCGCCGUCCCUUAGGCUUAAAUUAUUACAGUGGUUUGCUCACUCGGGUGUUAGAGACCAGACACAGGCUUAAUGUCGGUGGCCAACCAGUCGCAAGGGACCAUGAUAAUUUACUCAGAAACUGGAUUACAGAUGAUAGGUAUCUCACGAAUCCAGCAAACGCUAAGAAUAGUACCCCUUAUGAAGGUCAAAUUCAGUACCAUGUGAGUGAUGACUCUGAUGGUCCAAACUCAGGUAAAUUUACUGCACCAAGUGAUGUCUACGGAACUGCUAAAGAGAUCAACAACAACACUAACCUGUCAAACAUCACGUGGAGUCUGCCGGUAGAGAAGAACACGGAUCAUCUCCUUCGCCUUCACUUCUGUGACUUUUGGAAUCAACAGGCUUUUCUUACAAUUUUCACUAUGUACAUUUACGAUAGCUAUGUUAUGCCGGUGAAUAAUGACACCAUUUUAUCUAGUCAGGUGCCUGCCCCUUAUUAUUAUGAUUUUGUGGUUACCUCUGAUGAAUCUGGGUUUAUGAAGAUCAGUGUAGCACCUAUUAUUGCAAAUGUUUCCAAACCGAAUGCAUUUUUAAAUGGGCUAGAAAUAAUGAAAAUGAUUGAGUCCUCAGAUUCUGUUCCCAUGUACCUGUACCAAUCCAAUCACAAUAAUCUUCCAUUGGUGCUGGGUUCAAUUCUUGGAGGUUUGGUCCUGAUUUUGGUGGUGGCGGUGCUUGGGUUUCUUUGGCGUCUUAAAAUCAGGAAGCAAAAGCCCGUAGAGAACUCGGAUUGGUUGCCAGUUCCCAUGACUGCAGGAGGAAGUUCUCACAGCAGAUUGACUGAGGGAACCAUCCAAGGCUCCCCUCUUCACAUAAAUCUUGGGCUGAAAAUUCCCUUGCUUGAUCUUCAGUUGGCAACCAAGAACUUCCAUGCUAGUCAGAUAAUUGGCAAGGGUGGUUUUGGCCACGUCUAUAAGGGAGUUCUCAAGAAUGGCAUGAGAGUGGCUGUGAAAAGGGGUGAGCCAGGGUCAGGUCAAGGCCUUCCAGAAUUUCAGACAGAGAUCAUGGUGUUGUCCAAGAUUCGUCACAGGCACCUUGUUUCCUUAAUUGGGUAUUGUGAUGAAAGGUAUGAGAUGAUACUGGUUUAUGAGUAUAUGGAGAAGGGCACACUCAGGGACCAUUUGUAUAAUACAAAUUUGCCAAGUUUGUCUUGGAAGCUAAGGCUUGAAAUUUGUAUUGGAGCUGCCAGAGGUCUUCAUUACCUUCACAAGGGAGCCGCUGGUGGAAUUAUUCACCGUGAUGUGAAGUCCACUAACAUAUUGCUUGAUGAGAACCACGUGGCUAAAGUUGCUGACUUUGGCCUUUCAAGGACAGGUCCUCUUGAUCAUCAACCAUAUGUUAGCACUGGUGUUAAAGGCACUUUUGGGUAUCUUGAUCCUGAGUAUUUUAGGUCACAACAGCUGACAGAAAAAUCUGAUGUGUAUUCAUUUGGGGUAGUUCUUCUGGAAGUGUUAUGUGCAAGACCAGUCAUUGACCCGUCGCUUCCUAGAGAUCAGAUAAACUUGGCUGAGUGGGGAAUGUUUUGCAAAAACAAGGGGAUAAUCGAAGACAUCAUUGAUCUUUCCAUCAAGGGCCAAAUAGAUCAGAACUCACUUAGAAAAUUUAGUGAGACGGUAGAAAAAUGCUUACAAGAUGAUGGUUCUGAUAGGCCAACCAUGGGUGAUGUGUUGUGGGACUUGGAGUAUGCACUGCAGCUUCAGAGAGGAGCAAAUGCUAUACAAAGAGAGCCUCAUGAGGAUAGUUCAAGCAGUGCUUCUGCAUCACUUCAAUUGCCCAAUGUUAGGCGCCUUCCUUCACUCUCCACUCUAAGUGAAGUGGAUGACUCGUCCAUUGUGAGGGUUGAUGAAUCAGAUAGUGCAGCAGAUUCCGUUUUCUCUCAGUUGAAAAUUGAUGAUGCCAGGAAGUGACGCCCCGGUAAAAAGCAGCUUGCUUAUCGCAGAUGCUAUGUUCUUGCUAGAGUUUAGUUGUUAUUUUCUCCGUUGCUCGUUCUUUCUCGUCUCUUUUCUUUUGGAGAAAAAGGUUCAUGGUAAUUAUACUUUUUGCCCCUUAAUUUAACUGUAACAAUUUCAUGAUGUUGAUUGUUAAAUUGAUGUAAUCAAAUCGUCCUGUUUAGUCAUGUACGCGGAAAGAGGUGAAAUGCUUAUUUGGUGAUGCUGCUUGAAAUGUAUUACUAUUUUAAAUUGGUUUAUCUAAGCCAUACUUAGUAACCAUAGAUAGUACGGCUACGCAGUAUCAUUUCUUCUUGUCUGAUUUUUUGUUGUAUUAGUACGUUAUAUUGAUUUUAUCAGCAUGCACUGUUCAAACUUUUAUCCUUGUACUCACUAAUUCUAUUAUCAUCUGUAGUUC